UUGCGUGCAGCAGAUGGAGAGAAACCAUGGGGACAAGCUGAAAAUGAACUAGUCAGGGGACAGUACCCAUCCUUGGGCAUAUCCCCAUUGCUGGCUGCUGCUGCCGCUGCCGCUGCCACUGCCAUGGCGGGGAUCCUGCUACUUGUCGCCUCUCUGCUUCUCUGCGCUGUCUCCGCAAAUGCAGCUGAGGAAACACUAGCGGGGAGUCCGGGAGCUCGGGAACCCGAGCAGGAGAACGCGAGGAUGGGCCUGGAGGACCUGGAAAAGAGCGGGCUGCAGCUGGAGGAAUCCGGCACCGAGCCGCACCAGGAAUCCUACAGCACCUUCGCUGCUGAAUUCUUCGAGACCCGGUACUGGGGGGAUGAAGAUUAUGCCUUCCCAUCCCCUCCUCCAGUGGACCCUUUUGCAAAAAUUCGCGUAGAUGAUUGUGGAAAAACUAAAGGCUGCUUUAGGUAUGGGAAACCUGGCUGUGAUGCAGACACGUGCGAUUACUUCCUCAGUUACCGCAGGAUAGGUGCUGAUGUGGAAUUUGAACUGAGUGCUGACACUGAUGGUUGGGUUGCAGUUGGAUUCUCAUCUGACAAACUAAUGGGAGGUGAUGAUGUAAUGGCCUGUGUGCAUGAUGACAAUGGCAGAGUUCGAAUCCAACACUUUUACAAUGUUGGACAAUGGGCCAAAGAGAUAAAAAGAAAUCCAGCCAGGGAUGAAGAAGGUAUUUUUGAGAACAACCGAGUGACUUGUCGAUUUAAACGACCGGUAUAUGUCCCUAGAGAUGAAACCAUUAUUGAUCUUCACUUGAGCUGGUAUUACUUAUUUGCAUGGGGUCCUGCUAUACAAGGUUCAAUCACUCGACAUGAUAUUGACUCUCCUCCAGUAUCUGAAGAUGUUGUCAGCAUCUACAAGUAUGAAGAUGUGUUCAUGCCUUCUGCAGCUUAUCAAACCUUCUCCUCCCCCUUCUGUCUGCUUUUAAUUGUUGCUCUGACUUUCUAUAUACUAAUGGGGACGCCAUAACUGAGUCAAUGCGGGAAGACAUUGACUUAAAAACAUAUUUGACUAUGGAGAAUUUCAGCAGGAGUGAAAUUAAUACAUAUGUUCUGUUUGGAAUAGAUUUUCCAAUGGAGCCCCAACUGAAUGCUGUGUAUACAAUUUGACAAUAUUCACUCGGGUAGUGAUCAGUAAAUGGUCAAAUGAUCAAUACCCAUGAAAAGCAAGAAUUUGAG